AUGGUUCAUCUUGCUCGAAAAUGGAUGUUUUUAAUUUAUUUGUCUUAUUGUUGGCUUUUGAAUGCUGAAAACUCAUGUUUCAGCUGGCGAGCGUCGAGCACCUUGACCUCAACAUGAACUGGAGCCUGAUAAAUAUCAAUAUUGGCUUGGACCUUGCUUGUAAACUAUUCUAUGUCACGAUGGCCAGCUUCGCCGUGGGCUCGGUGGUGCGCCGCUGCGGGCGGCUGGCCGGCGGCGCGGCGCGUCUCAGCACCUCGGCGCGCGCGCUCGGCGGAGACGGCAUGCCGGCCAUCAUCGAGCGUCACGGCAAGCGUGAGGUGAUCGGCUACGGGUACAACGGGCAGCCCAACUACAUCGACCGCGUCGACUACCCGAUCCCGGCCGUCCGCUUCAAGGAGGAGACGCCCCAGAUCAAGGCGCUGCGUGAGAAGGAGAAGGGUGACUGGAAGAACCUCACCAAGGAGGAGGUGCAGGAGCUGUACCGCGCCACCUUCUGCCGCACGUUCGCCGAGAUCCAGGCGCCCACCGGCGAGUGGAAGCUGGCGCUCGGCGGCACCCUGAUCGCCUGCUCGCUAGCCAUCUGGGUCUACAUCUGGAUGAAGCUCUUCGUGUACGACAAGAUGCCCGCCACCAUCACCGACCCGCAGCGCGUCGAGGCGCAGGUGCAGCGCAUGAUCGACCUGCGCAUGAACCCCGUCCAGGGCGUGGCUUCCAACUGGGACUACGAGAAGGGACAGUGGAAGAACUAGGCGCCCGGACGGUGGCGGUACGGGUGGCCUCCGGGCGACGGCUGUGAUAGGACGACGGGUAGCGGAGGAGCGGGGAGAGGUCGCCCGGAGCGGAGCGGCGAGGUUGGUAGUUUGUAGCCAAGAGCCCGCCCGGUCCCAGACCGGCGAGGCCUGUAGUUGAUGGUACUUAAUCAGAUUCCCUUUUGAGCCUUUUUCAGACAGGGUGUUUGCGGCUGUGCAUCGCUUGGUGGAAGCGCGGGGCUGUGAAGCGUCUGAGACGAGUGGGGCAAGAAGGCGCCCAGUAUUUUGCUACUUAAAAGCUUUCGAAAAUACAUUUGAUCCAAGAUCGCA